AUGGAACGAAACAAAUACGUGGACCUGCGCUCGUUGGAGUACAAGGCGUCGCAGCGUAGUAAGCUGGUGACACCAAUCCUGAAGGUCAUGCUGGAAGUGGUCACGGCGACGACGUUCGUCAUGCUGGACCGGCUGUUCUACGAAGCUCUGGACGUCGUGAGGCAACACGCCAGCCUGCCACUCUCGCAGCAGGGCACAAAGGAUUUGGAAAUUGAAGUGGAAGGCGCUGGUACGGUGGCAAACAUGAUGCGCAACGUCCUGAACGCUCUGAACAGCACACGCCGGCAUCAGGCGGUGUCGAACGAAGUAUGCCUCCCUAAACCGCGCGCCAUGCCCACCGUCUACUUCGUCAAGAUAUACUGCGGCUACAUCUGGAUACUUCUGCUUCUGUACUUGAAUCCAUACACGCUACGCUUGCGGAGUAUAAUAUGCAGCUACUUCUACCCGAGGCGCGAGAAGCAGCGCAUACUGCACUUGUACAACGACAUACUCAAGAAGCGCAUGAAGAUGCAGAAAACCAUGAGGCGGAGGGCUCUGCAGGCGGUUCGGGCGGACUACCUCUCCGGGGAGAGUCUGCGCAGCUUGAGGAUGAGAUACCCGCGGCUGCUCGGCUGGCUUACAGUGUUGCCGGCCGCCAGGAUGGCUUGUCUCAUUUGCGAGGAAACUGAGCCCAGGAUUAUCACGGCGUCGAGCCCUUGGCGCCGCUGCACUUCGGCGGCGUGCGGCUUCGCGUGGUGCGAGGAGUGCUGGCUGGAGGCGGGCGAGCGCUGCCUCGCCUGCGACCCGGCGCUCGCGAGGCUCAGCGAUCUCGACUCGCUCAGCGACGACCGCCCCUUCGAAUAC